AUGAUCCUUAUCACGCUCUUCAUCUCUUACCUGGUCUUCACGACCAACAUCUUCAUCGCAUACGACCACGCCGCUCGUACGUUCGGGUACCCCAGCCUUGGUGGUCCUCUCAAGUACCUGCAGCUGUCGGGCAUCACCAUCCGUCAACCUCGAUGGCUGCCUGUGGUCUGUGUCGACACGAAGACACCUUCGGCGGCGCAGUGGGAGGUGUACGAGGAGUUCACGCUGGACUGGAAGGUGCCUGGAGCGCCGACUCAGUUCUCGAACUUCUCCAUCUCUUACGUGCUGCCAUCAUUGGUGGGCUUGGACGAGCUCACCUGCCCAGUGGCGGAGGACGAGGAGCCGUUCGCUCAGGAAGCAGACGGCCGCGACGACUACCACGGCGGGGACAAGUGGUGCUAUGCCCUCCCCGAGUCGUCGUUCCUCGACCAUCUCAUCUGGUACCACACCCAGUCGGCGCAGUCAAUGUGCGCGCUGACAGAGGCACCCGAGGAGGAGUCGGUCACGACGCCCUCCAUCGACACCAUCAACAUUGUGGACGUGUUCGACUGGGACAUGCCGUCGUCGUCGAUCAACGGAACCUCACCGACCCUACUGGACUCGCCAUCAAUCGAUCAUGUCGACAGGCUGGUCGGCUGGUCAAUAUUAGCUAUGGUGCUCCUCUUCACUGUCAAGCACUCCAAGACGGCGACACGGGACACCGGUCCCACCAUCAAGUGCGAGAAGAAGGACGAGCCAGAGUUCGUACCUGAAGCUCCUGAAGCUAUGUAUGUUGUUCUCGGCUCAGAGAUGUGCGAUGCUUAUGUAUUUGGACCAACCAGAGACGUCCCUGCGCCCAGCAAUGUGUUCACGGGGCCGGUCUCGGUGAACGGCUGGAGCCGCGACAAGAAGAAGAGGAAACGGAAGGGAAAGAAGAACAAGAAUUCUAUCGUGUUCCAGAGCGGCAAUCCGAGAGACGAUUUGAGCGACCGACGAAGACGAGCGUGCAGCCCACGUCUUUUGUUAUUUCGGCUCGACGACGUGAAGCGUAUGUGGGACUGGAUCCCUUCGCGCUUCUGCCUGUCUAACCGGAUACCAAGCUUACGGGCGACACCCCCCGAUAUCAACAAUCGAUUCUAUGUCCAUGCACAAUCAUCAAAGUUGGCGCUGCCUCUCGACUAUCAGCAGAAUCGUGUUUGCCUUUUUCAUUCGUCCGAUACCUGA